CUCGGAUAUGACCUCUUGGGAAGAGUACUUGGCAACACAACAAGCUGUUGAUGGAGUGCAAUUCACAUGGAACCUAUGGCCCCACAGCAGGGUGGAUGCUCAGAAACUGAUCGUACCUGUGGCGUGCUUCUACACACCUCUCAAGGAACGGCCUGCGGACCAACCCCAACAACCUGCGCUGGAGUACGACCCUGUUCUAUGUCAGAAACCCACCUGUAAGGCAAUACUUAACCCACUCUGUUUCGUUGACUUUCGUGCCAAAACUUGGGUUUGCCCGUUCUGCAACCAAAGAAAUCCUUUCCCUGCUCAUUAUGCUGCAAUCGCUGAAGAUAAUCGUCCUCCUGAACUGUACCCACAGUUUAGCACGAUCGAAUACACGUUGAAGAAAGCCACCACUAUGCCGCCGAUCUUCAUGUUUGUGGUGGACACAUGCAUAACAUCGGAAGAACUCAAAGCAUUGAAAGAAAGCUUACAGACGGCGUUGUCUCUUCUUCCUGCAGACGCAGUAGUUGGGAUUAUUAGUUUUGGUCGAAUGGUUCAACUUCACGAGUUAAACGGCACAAAAGAAGUCGCACAAAAGCAAUUGAAGGACAUUCUAGCAAUGAACAUGGGUGGAUCUCCGCGUCCCACUGCUCAUGGUGGUGCACAGGUGAAUUCUAUUCCCACAGGAGCAACAGCCCCUAUGCCAGUGGGCGGUGGUCAUCCUGGAUCUGUACAAAGAACAAAUGUUGCCCAUCAAGGUGGUCCUGCAUGUGCUCCAAUUGGAAUGCAAGCUAUAACUUUCAACAAGUUCCUUCAGCCAAUCAGUGAAUGUGACGAAUCAAUCAACGACAUCAUUGAUCAAAUUACUGUGGAUCGUUGGCCUGUACCUCAAGGUCAUAGACCACUUCGCGCCACUGGCGCCGCACUUGCCGUAGCUGUCACAUUACUCGAACAUUGCUUUCCCAGUACGGGAGCCCGCAUUAUGGUUUUCAUCGGCGGUGCUUGCACUCAUGGACCUGGUGCUGUGGUAGGUGAAGAGUUGAAGACUCCGAUUAGAUCAUGGCAUACAAUCAAAGAAGACAACGCUGUAUACAUGAAAAAGGCCACAAAAUUCUAUGAUUCACUUGCUGUUCGUGCUGUGAAAAAUGGUCAUGUCAUCGACAUCUACUCAUGCGCCCUUGACCAAACAGGACUACUUGAAAUGAAAAAUUGUUUUAACUCGACAGGAGGUAAUGUGGUAAUGGGCGACUCGUUCAACUCAUCGUUGUUCAAGCAAACUUACCAGAGAGCAUUCGACAAGGACGCCAAUGGACAACUUAAAAUAGGAUUUAAUGCUACCAUGGAGGUACGAUGUACUUAA